GCGGUCCAGGCAAAGGACGGCCCCAGGGUGCUCUCGUCGGGAGCUCCCGGGGAAACCGGGCGCCGGGGCCCAGCGCUGGCUUCGGGGUAGUACGCGGCACGCCUCGGAGAAGGGCGCCCCGCUCCGUCACUGAUUUGUUUCUGCAGUUGCAUCCCGCUCUUCUUCCUCCAAGGAGGAGCCCAGAGCGGCGUACAUGGCAAACGGUGUCCGCAUCACAACUCUGCGAGUUAUGCAGCUGCCUCUUUUCUGUAGCAGUUCCCAGUGAGAGGGGUGCUUCCUUUUGACACCCCAAGGCACUCUGGGCUUCCGCACAGGCACGGCAGCAGGUCCUGCCACCCGCAAGAUGUCCCAUGGCAUCACCUACGCUGACCUGCGGUUUGCGAAGGCCCCCCUGGAGGAGAGCCAGCCCCCUCUGGCCCACCCAGAAGAGGACCUCACCUAUGAGAACAUCCAGCUGCCCAGGCCCCAGGAGGAGGAGGAGGGCCCCCCCAGGAGCGCAGGGGGUGCUGCAAAAGCGUCGCACCGGCGAGCCGGGUACGCGGCCCUGGCGGCAGUCUUGGGCGCCUGCCUCUUUCUCCUGGCCACCAGCAUAGGCUUCGGGGUCCGAUACUGGCAGGUCUCCCGUCAGCUCCAGCAGGCAUCCCGGGCCCAUGAAAGGGAGCGCAAGGCCCAGGCCCAGAGAAUCGGGGCCCAGGAGGGGGGCCUGGAGCGAUCCCAGCAGCUGCUGCGGGAGGCCGAGAUGAGACUCAGCUCCACCAGGGCGGCCCUUUGGGAGAGCUGGGAGGCCGGGAACCGGACCCGGAGGCGGCUGGAAGAACAACUGGAGGCAGUGGCUCAGGUGCAGCAGCAGAGGCAGGAGACGGGACGGAGGCUGAACGAGACGGAGGCCAAGUGGCAACAGGCCACAUCUUGCCAGCAGAGAGGCUGCUGCCCCUGUGGAUGGAAGCUCUUCAGGUGGAAAUGCCUGUGGAUCUCGCAAGAAAAGGAGACUUGGGCCAACAGCCGUUGGGCCUGUCAUGAGAAAUCUGCUCAGCUGCUUAUUGUAAAAAAGCCUUGGGAUGCUGUUGGAGGAAAGGAUGCAGAGAUCCUAGAGCCAUCAAAUGGAUACUGGAUUGGACUGUAUAAAAUAAGUUCUUCAAGGAAGUGGGUUUGGGUUGAUGGCUCAGGCUAUGAAGGGACGCUUUCCUCUAGCUAUCACUCUACCUACGGUGCACUGAUUAAUGGGCGUCUGUCAGGACAAGCUAGCAGAGAAUCCUAUCACUACAUUUGUGAGAAGCCAGCCGAGGACCCUGGGCCGCCAGACCCCUUUCCUUGUUGACAGCUUCAAUCCCUUUUGGCCUCUGUGGCUGGCCCCUUCGUCCCCAGCGGGCAUGGUCCUUGCUGCCACGUGGCCCCUCCACAGCGACCCCCUGGCUUCUUGGGACACCAGCCUCCCCCUCUCGCCUCCCUCCCAGCUGGCCACUCGCCUUCUUGCCUCCGGAGCCGCAAGACCCCUGCCGGAACUUCCAGCAGGACCAGGUACCUGGGCCGGGCCGCAGGAGGGAUAAGCCCCGAGGAGGCUCCAGCCUGGGUUCCAAAAGCAGCUCAGGGCGGGAGCUUCGGCGCCAGCAGAGGAGGGUAGUUCCAGCCGUCAGGCAGUGGCUUCCGGGUCUUCCUCCUCCUCCUCCUCCUCCGGGUCCAAGCCCAGGCAAAUCCUGUCCUGCCGCCUGGCUAGCAAGUGCCAGGAACGCCUCCGCCUCCUCCUAGUGUAUGCCAAGACCCCGAAGCCUCCUGGGGGGAAGAGGAGGACCUGGAUCCUUCAGGGGCCCCAUGGCGGAGGGCACCGUGGAACCGGAAGGACAGCUGGAGCUCACCCCUCUCGUGGCACUCCAGCUGAGGGGGAGUCAGUGAUCUCCACGGCCGAAUGGCCCCACCACCCCCAUCCCUAGGAGCCCAAGAGCAGACCUAUCGGGCCAGCUUCUGAAGCCUGUGAUUGUGAACUGCCCAGGGACCUUUUGGUAUGGGGCAGGAGAGAAAUGUAAGGAAUAGAUCAAUAAUAAGAGGUCCUUUGGCUGCCCAAGGCCUCCCUUCCUUGUGGGGUGGGCGGGAGGAGGCACAGAAGCAUGC